AUGUUGCUCAGUUGUUCGUCUCCUCGAUUGCUCCACACUCAUCUGGCUUAUAGCUGCUUGCCGGAGGCGGUGAGGGAGCCUGGGUGCAAGUUCGUGGACCUGGCUCGGAACCCAAAGGACACGGUGGUGUCGAUGUGGCAUUUCUACAACAAGCUGCUCACACGUGGCGGUCCUGGGCCGUUUCCACUGGAGGGAGCGGUGGAGAGCUUCUGCAGCGGGGUCCUACCUUUCGGGCCUUUCUACGAGCACGUGGUGAGAUAUUGGAAAGAGAGCCAUAGGAGGCCUGGGGAGGUGUUGUUUCUCAAAUACGAGGAUCUAUGGAGAGAGCCUAAAGAGCAGGUAAGAAAGCUGGCUUUGUUUCUUGGGAAGCCCCUUUCUCAGCUGAAUAGGGACGAUGAGGUGGAGAAGGUGUUGUGGAGGAGCAGUUUGGCUAGGCUCAAGGAGUUGGAGGUUAACAAGAGCGGCGUUGGAGAGCUGAACCAUGUGCCUAAUGCCACCUACUUCAGGAGAGGAACCGUGGGGGAUUAG